CUUACUGGAGCUGCUGUUUCACCGAGAGGUCCCAAACGAGGUGGGGAUUUGUGUGCCUGGGCUGCAGCCUAGCAAGGGAGAGAGCAUUUGUCCCAAGGAAGCAGAGGCCUGGAGACAGGGGGACAUGUCUGACUUUUUUUUUCUUUUUUUUUUUUAAAAGGGGGGGGGCCUGUAGCAGAGAAAUAAAGCAUGAAUCUCUCUGAUCUGUUGUCCUGCUAGAUCCUUCAUGCUUGAAAACAUGGUGAGAUAAACCAGAAAGACCCAGAGCAGGAGGGAGAAGCAAUGAAAAUGCAGAUGAAAAUGGGCUGUUCAGAGCUGGCCUCCAGCGCUCCCAACCAGCAGAGCUCAGCAGAAGAAACCAGCAUGUCCGACUUCCGUCAUGACAUUGGUACCCACCGGUGGAGCCACAGGUCCCUCUCCCCCUUUUCCUCCACCCUGGGGUCCUUGCCUAAUAAAACCACCCUCAGCCCUGAGAGCACCCUCCGGAGCCAUUCCAGAUCAAGCUUUUCCACUCUGUCUUUAGAAGAAAACAGCAUCUGCGAGCAGCAGGAGAUGAAGCGAUCCCAAAGCUUCGCAGCCGGCGUGGACGUGCCUCCUCCUGCAGCCAUCACCCCUUGGGACCUGCACCAUCAAUCCAGCCUGACAGAAGACAGGCUGCUACGUGCGCGCAAGCCGUUAAGUCCUCUCCUCGAUGGCCGGGUUACCAUGGAGCGUGUGAGAAAGAUGUCGUCCUUCCAGGCUGAUUACUGGGCUUGCGCGAUACCUGACUCGUUACCCCCGUCUCCAGACCGCCAGUCUCCUCACUGGGACCCUAAUAGAGAAUACGAGGCCUUGCUUGAUUAUGCUUAUCCGUUAAAGCCGAGAUACAAGCUUGGGAAGAUGCCAGAGCCUUUCCUCCAGGACUCGGGAAUAGAUGUGGACAGCUUUUCUGUGUCUCCCGAGGGCACUUUGACGUCUGCCAGCAUGCGCGGCCAAGGUGGGCAGGCUCAGGGAAGCCGAGAAAAUCCGCACAAGGAGUUUGUGGUCUCUGCAGAAGGACUCUCUACCCCAGGGUCUAGAAAACCAGGCUGUUCAGGAUAUACAUCUUACUAUGAACCCUCACCUAUUGCAAAAGCACCUUUUGCAAAAACUGCUUCCUCUGCUGGCAAAGCAGGUGCUUCUGGAGGUUUUGAUAAGGAUUUAAUGAUGGAGUCAGCUGGGCCAAGUUUGCUUGAUCACCCUGACGUGGCUGGGAGAAGCUGGUGUACCAGGGAGACCCGCUUUUCAAGUUACAACGGCAAGGGGAAAAGCACUCAUCAGCUUUUACCUACCGUGCAAAUGCUCCCCCUAAGGAAAGAGUGGGAAGGUGAUGAAGAAUUCCUGUCGCUGCCCCCGAGACUCAGGGAACUGGAAAGUCUGGCUCAGUAUCUCUCUGAUCUUUCCUUAACUGUAAGGACACCUGGGCAAGACCGCCAAAGUCUUCCGUGUUACGGUGACAGCAAGGAGCCCCUCUCACCCGCAUCGACGGCUCUCGGCGGAGCAGGCAGCGAGGGGAGCGGAGGUGGCGCUGGGCCGCUCGGCGGGCGACCGCGCCGCGCGGAAGCCGCUGCGCUGCGUAGCCGGCGCCGCAGCGAUGCUCUGCGGAGGCCUGGUGUACCCACCGCCGUCGGGAGCGACCUGAGCGCGCCGCAGCUCAGCGGGUCCCCUGCCGAGGCGGGCCAGCGCCGCGAGUCCCUCGCACAGUGCAUUAAGAUGUUUUGCUGUCAGCUAGAAGAGCUGAUUCGCUGGCUGUACGAAGUAGCGGACGUCGCAGACAAGUGGACGCCGCCGGCGCCGGGCGUCUGGAGCGUGACGGCGUCCGUGCACCGUUACCUGGAGCUCAGGAGAGACGUGGCUGACCACCGAGGUCUGACGGACAGCGUGCUGCGCAGGGGCGAAGCCCUGCUGGAGUGCAUGGCGUCGAGCUCGCCGGCUUUAAAAGACACCCUGGAUCUGAUUGCAAAACAAUCAGAAGAGCUGGAAAACUACGUGGCGCGCUUGUACGAGUCAGUUCUCGCUGCUAUGGAGCCCGUGCAGGGCGAGGAUGCGCUGAAGGACGCCGGCGUGCGGCAACGAGCUGCUCGGGCAGAAGCAGCAAACCGGGCAGUGCCUCUAGCGGACAUGGACUUUGUUAGCCAGUCUCUGGAUGGGUGAGAUGAAUUCCAGCAAGGAACAAAACACUACUUUCAACUCUCAUAGAGGUGCCAAAAUACAUGUAAUCACUGUGUAUGGAAUUAGCCCCCUCCCACCGGGCUGACUUCUGUUUGUUUUACACCAUUGCUUGAGAAAGGCAAGCUGUGCAGAAGCCAUUUGGCUACUGGUAUUGCAGUUUAAUGUUGCUGACUGAGUUGGGGAGCUCCGUGAGUAAGGAAUGUACUGCUGGCCUUUUGGUUUGUUUGUCUGUUUGUUUAUGUAGCUUUCCUUUUUAUAGAAGUGGCUUGUUCCAUGUAGUAGCAAAACAUCAGGAACAUGAUUUUUUUUUUUUAACUGAGUAAUUCAUAGUUUGCAGUGCAACUGUCAUUAAGUAAAGCCGUGUGACUUUAA